AUGGCCAAGACCUUCCGGACAUUGUCGGGGUCACGCGCACGGGACAGGUUUUGUGAAAUCUAUGAGGCGUAUAUGUGUUUCCUGCACCGCUGCGAAGAGUAUUUCUUAUGUCAAUACUUACCUCCUGAAGGUAUCAACAGUGUUGGGGAACACAUUAUCCUGGAAGCUGCCAUGUACCUGGACCGUAUCACAGAUCCUGAUGACAGAAGGAUACGUUCAUUGAUAUUUGACUGUCUACUGAAGCGGGAGACGUGCAUCAGUGGCUGUGACUCCAUGAACGAGAUUGAUCUGCUGGAGUUAGGGAGUUACACCGAGCUGCAGGGAGGUAACAUCGUGUUGCCAUCAGGCUAUAGUAGCAUUCUGGCUCCUGUGUCACAGCCUAUCCCCUCGGAGAACCUGUUAACAGAACACCCUGUGACAUGUGUGCGGUGGCGAUCUGGGACCACAGCGACAAGUCCCAACCAUGACUCUGGGAUUAGUGACCAGGGGAAUGAUUCUGACGACUCGGAUCGGACAGUAACUGAGGAACCUCCGGUUGUGCGUGAAAGCUCCUGUGAUUCUAGUGAAAGUGACGUCUCCAGUGUUAGGCGGAAUUCCUCAUUAAAAAAGAACAGAGAUUUGACUAAGCCUUGUGUGGAAGUUACCUGUGAAAAUGGCACUAAAUUUUGUGGUGAAUCUGUGAUAUGUACUGUACCUCUAGGUGUGCUUAAGGAAAAGGCUGACACAUUAUUUUCUCCCCCUUUGCCCCAAUAUAAAACGGAAGCGAUAGACAGGUUACUAUUUGGGACAGUUAAUAAAAUAUUUUUAAUGUAUGAGCGGCCUUUUCUUAACCCAGACAUUUCAGAAGUGAUGUUGCUAUGGAAUAAUGGUGAUCAGAAAAACACAGAGGAUUUGUCGGAUAGCUGGUAUCGUAAGAUCUACUCGUUCUCAAAGAUGUCCGAGACACUGCUCUUGGGCUGGUUAUCAGGACGGGAAGCGGAGUACAUGGAGACUCUAACACAGGAUCAGGUAGCUGACACCUGCACACAAAUCCUGCGCAAGUUCCUCAACGAUCCAUUUGUGCCCAAGCCCAAAAUGUGUAUCUGUACACAUUGGCACAGUGAGAAGUUCACUCGAGGUUCAUACACGGCCAUCGCAGUUGGUGCCAGCCAGACUGAUAUAGAGAGCAUAGCACAACCCUUGUAUGCCAGUCCUCUUCAUAAAAAGCCUGCGGUGGUGUUUGCGGGCGAACACACGCACAGCAGCUUCUACUCGACAGUCCAUGGAGCAUACCUGACUGGUCGAACUGCUGCCACCCUAUUACUGGCCCCUGACACGGAGCCACACGAGAUGGUGAUAGAGUGCGACCAGACCAAUGACCUCAGCUCGUGGAUACAGGGCAUCUCGCUAGAGUAACUCUCUCCUGGCCCUCUGUAGUUGCCUCUAUUUCAGUUGAAUACCAUACCACUUUCCUUUAGCUGUAGGGUUUGAUAUGUAAGAAGGUAUAUAAGCUUCAUCAGAAGGAAGAUUAUUGUAAAUUCAAACAUCUAAAGUUUAUAAACAGAAAUGCAAAAGUUUUCAAUCAAUCUAGGUUUUUAGAGGCCAAGUAUUUAAGAGAUUUUAUGUGAUAAAGUUGGCGUGCUGUCCCUAGUUGCAACAGUAUGGUAUGCUUAAGCUAUCUAUGCAACACCAUUGAGCUUCAUUCAGCAUGAUAAUUUUACCUGGAUUUUUCCAAUAUAUAUGCAAGUCUCUUAAGUUUUUGGCCAUAGGGUUAUGAAAUAUUAAACUUUACUAAUAAUCAAUAUGCCUUAAAUGGUAAGAUAUAAAUAUGUUAUAUCGUAAGAUAUUUCAAUGAUGAUGACAUCUGAAUUUUCUGUCAAGCGAUACCCAGUGAUUAAAAUAACAGUUGCAUAAAAUAAUAAUUAGUUAUAAAAAAACUGACCUGUCCAGCUCCAUUGAUUAGUUAGAGUGCAAAUUAAUGAGUGUAGCACUUGUAAUUGGAACAAAUUGAGUGUAACAAAAAUUAUGAUCAUCACAAGCUUGGUUCAUCACAUAUAUUCUUUAGUCCCCAUCCUUAUAUCCUAGAAUUCAUCACAAAUACAGCAAACCAGAAAAUUUAACCCUUUCCCUGAAAGAAAACGAACUAGUAUCUAUACCUAUAGUUUAUGUGUAACAGUAUAAAUUUAAAAUACACUAAAAUAAUACAAAAUGUCUUACCUUACAGUUGUUGUUAUAUUAAAUUUAGUUCCACUUCACCUUCCUCUUAGUGCAGUGUCUAAAAUCUGACGCUGUCACAGGCUUGAUUCAGUGAACUCAAUUGUGGACCUGAUGAAACAUUAAGAAUAAUUAGAAUACCUCUGCCUAGAUUACACUAUAUUUUGUAGUCUAGAUGUCUAAUGUCAAAACGAUGUAAAGAGUUCAGUUUAAGCUUCUUUGUUGCUGACAUUUUUGGAUCUCUUCAACAUAGAGAACAACAGAUGAACAUUAUUCCAGAUGUCAAGUCUGCGACAGGAUCAGACUUCAGACACUGCAAUAAAAGGAAGGUGAACUGGACUAAAUUUAAUAUUCACCAUAAUACUUAGUUGGGGCCAGAAUUUCAUUAACAGUUUCAACAGUACCCAAUUCAGUACCAUGUUUAAUCUGGACCUAUUUACAAAGCGCUACAAGUUUACUGGGUUCAGAAUCACUUUGUAUGAAAUGUGGAAGUAACAAUGUUUAUUAGUAUUAUAUUUUAAGCUUAGUAGAGCACGUUUAGGAUGACAGUUUUUAUAUAUUGGCAAGAGUAUAAAAGGAUAUAUCUGUCAAUAUCAAAUAUUUCAGUACUGAAUGUUAAUCAAAUUUUUACAGUUCACUUUAAUUUUGCUUAAAGGAAAUUCCUUUCCAAGUACUAUCCAUGAUCUCAGAGAUGUAUUGUUAAAUUUAUACUUUAUAUGUUGAAGGUUUGAAACUUGUACUUGGAUAUAAUAUUCAGAUAUUUUGUAAAAAUUUACAAUUUUUGUUUCUUUAUAAAUAUUUUUAAACUGUUUCUGUCAAAACUGCUAAAAACUGCAACUAUUCCUAAAAAUUAGUUUAAAUAUUAAUACUAAUUAGAAACAAAGUAAAUCAUAUUACUCAUGUUUAUGUUUCCAAGACUGAUCUAUACAAUGAAACAAAGUAUUACAUACCUAAUAUUCUGG